AUGUCUGAAAAGAAUGUGGAUGUCCUUUGCUUCGGCGCUCGCCGAUGGGUGCUGUGGCUGUGGAUGCGGUGCGUGCGGAACAACUGGCGUGACCUGGCCGACCUCGUGCCCGGGCGUCGCGUCUUCCCCGACGGCGGCCCGCGGCUCGACAGCAUCCUGCUGCUCCUGCGCUGCAACUGGGAGAGCCCGGUGGAGGGCGUGGUGGAGAGCGUGUAUGGGUGCAUGCAGCUGCUGCUGGAGCUGUACGCUCGCGAGCAUCAGGAGGACAUUGGCUGCUGCGUGGAGCGGCCGCUCUUUGGGCUGCUGCUCAGGCAGGCGCUGGGCCUGCCGUGGGAGUCGCGGGGGAGGCCCGCCCUCCUCAGGGCCUUGCUGCCGCACGUCGGGGCACGCACGAUUUUGGAAGCGGACGCAGAUCUUCCCCAGCAGAUGUUGUCCUGCCUCUCCACUAACUACCUGGCUCCCUUGGCUGCCGAGCUCUACAAGGAGCUGCUGAAGAGUCAGAGGGACGCGUGGGAGAGCGAUCUGUCGCUCGGUCCCUGCGCCACUCGGCCGGUCGAACUCCCAGAACGCAAGCAGCAAGCGGACACCUCAAAACCCCGCGGCCACCCUGGCCCGGACCGCUUCGCCGUCGGGGUUUCAACGAAGUCCGCACGGCCGGAGGGCUUGGGCGCCGCCAAGCAAUCGGACGGGGGGAGGGGAGACGGGGGGAGGGGGGGAGACGGGGGGUCGUCACGCGGAGACGCUGGCCGUCGAGAGGCGCGCCAGGAUAUUCUAAUGCCGGAGCUCCACGCCAAAGAGUCGAGGCUGGCAGAGAUGUGGGCUGGACGGUGGCUCAAGAUGCUGCACUCUGCCCUGACGUCGGGCGUCUCCUUGCUUCUGUACAACGUGUCCAGCUACCUCCUGCCGUGCACCCUCAAGGUUUUCCCAGAGACGUUUGCUUUGAUGAACGACCACUUCAGUGGCCCCAAUGAUCUCCUGCCCUGGAUAAAUCUGGUGAGCGUCGCCAGGUCCGUGCUGAAUCCCGGACCCGAGGGACGCUGGGCGGUGUCGACCCAGAUCCGCCGGUGCCUGCGCCACCGGGACGAGGGCGUGCGCGCCGCGGCGCUGGCCUUCGUGUGCGUUCGUGCCGCUCAACCUGCCCGUCGGCUCGUCCGCCUUCCGCCAGCAGCUGCAGGGCGGCGUGCGGCGCGCGCUGAGCGACCUGCGCGACGCCGCGCUGGUGGCGCUGCGGCGGGAGAGGCGGCUUCGGGGCGCCGACGGCGCGCAAGCGACGAGCGUGCUGGCGCUCGCUCGCCGGGCGUCCUCGACCGCACCGUCGAAUUUGUCGACUGGCUGCUGGACCUGUGCCUCAAUUCCCUCUUCCCUGGCGCAAGCUUCCAGCGCAAGAAGAUGUGUCUGCUGCUCCUGUCAACUCUCCUGGAGACCUUCUCGGUUGUACCGCAGCCCGAGAAGAAGAAAGGCAAACCCCCAGAGGACGUUAAGGAGCUCGUGUCGUGGGCGCGUCACCGCGGGCGGUGGGACUUCUGCUCGCAGCGCAGCGUCUCGGUGCUCUGCGUGUGUCUGCGGGACGGCACCAACGAGGUGCGUGAGCUCGCAGCUGAGUUGCUCCAGGGCUUCUUCCCGGCGGAGGCGUUGCUGCCGUGGCGCGACGUCCUCUCGUCCCAAGCCGCCGCUCUCCUACGCAGCCCCAAGGCCCCGGAGGCCGAGGCCGGGGCCCUGCUGCUCAAGCUCGUCUACCACAAGCUCGUGGUGAACUCGGCGACGUCGCGAGCCCAAGGGGCCGACUCCUGCCAGGACGCUGCGGCGGAGUUCGUGUCGGAGGUCGUGGCGACGCUGCAGACGCAGUUCGAGUGCGCCCAGACGAGCAUCCUCGAAGCCUCCAUGACCAUGCCCAUGCACGGAGCGAUCAUGGCGCUGCGUCGGUGUCUCACCGAGAUCCCGGAGUCUCUCGUGCUUUUUGGAAGCUCCCAGAAUUCCGCGGCGCAGCGCGGCCUCAUCCCCAGACUGGUCGCCAUGGCCGCCGCCAUCUCGCGCUUCAUCCUGCGAGUGCUGUACGGGGCACCGCACGGGGGCAGCACCGACCUCGGCACCGAUGCGGUUCCCUCCUUUGCAGAGAUUGGACGGGCUGUGGAGCGCGUGGUGGCCGAGGGAAAGGGCGUGGACAGUGAGGGGCGUGCGUGGGACGACGUUCUCAUCUCGCACGAGCACAGCCACAUCCUCUCGUGCUGCUGGCUCACGCUCAAGGAAAUUGGCCACCUGAUGGGCGGCCUCGGCGAGACCGUGCUGCUGCUGUCGGCGCGGGAUCAGAGGGCGGCCGGAGCGGGGACGCCGUUUUUCGCUCUCGUGCAAACCAUUACGGACGUGCUGAAGCUCAUCCUCACUUGCUGCAGACACAAGGGUGCUAUAGAUGGGUGCAGCCUGGGCUUUGUGAAGCUGUGCGGGGCACUCAGCAGCCACCCCAGCCCUGCCUUGCAGAACAUUCCCUCCAUCCUCUUGGAAGAGGCGCUGGCAUGCGUGGGCACCAGCUCGUCGGUGACGCGCCGCGCCGGCGCGCUGCCGCCCCUGGUGCUGGGCCUGGUGAGCGGGGAGUGCCGCUCGCGCGGCCACUGCCCGCUGCUGCGCCGCGCGCUGGGCGCGCUGCUGCGGCUCGCCGCCCGGCCCCUGCCCGCCGCGAUCGACCCGACGCGCGACCUGCCGCAGGUGCACGCGCUGCACAUCCUCCAGGCGCUGUUCCGGGACUCCUCGCUGGGUGCCGCCAUGAUGGAGUCCGCCGGCGGCGCCGCCCUCCUCGCCAUCCGCAGCCUCAGCUCCCCCAGCUGGGCCGUGCGCAAUGGGGCCAUUCAGCUGUUUGGGACCCUGGUCGGGCGCAUGCUCGGCCAGAUGCGGACGCACGACGAGCACUCUCCGCAGAACGCCGUGACGGCCGGCGAGUUCCUCCGGCACUACCCCGAGCUGCCCGCCUUCCUCCUGAGCGAGCUGCGCGCGGCCGCCGCGCCGCUCCUCGGGGGUCGCGACCUCGAGCUCCUCGUCGCCGUCGCCGCGGCCUCGGGCGCUCGUCCCCCGGCGGAGGCGCUCGCCCCCGAAGGCCGAGCGCCGGCCGGGAGCGGCGCCACUGAGGGCGCCGGUGGGGUCGGGGGUCGCGGGCCGUGGGAGGGGAGCCGUCCGAGUGGGCGCCUCCAUCUCUCCCCGUCUCUUCAUCCCGUCCUCACCCUCCUCUCCAAACUGCAGCCAGGUGGCGAGGACUCGCACAGCUUGUUGUCCGAGUUCGUGGCCCCGGUCGUGGCGCUGGCGAGCGACCCCAUCCACGACGUGCGGGUCCUGGCUGCCAAGACGCUGGUCGUCAUGGUGACAAGGUCGCGACGCGCGCCGAUGCUGAUCGCCCUCGCCACGGCCCUGCCGGAGCGGUGGUGCCCCCUGGCCGUGCCGCAGAACGCGCUGCACGGGCGCUUGCUGCAGAUGCUCGCCCUGCUCAAGUGUCUGCUCAAGGAACGGGGAGGCGCCCUGGAGCAGCCGGUGCUGCACUCGCUGGUGGCCGCGCUGGCGUCGCGUCGCUGGCUGCUGGGCGAGGCGCGCGUGUGCCCGCUGAGUCGAGCGCUCGCCGUCAGGCUGCUGGCGACGCUGGCGCGGGCCCACGGCUCCCACCCGGGCAUUGCGCGGCUGUCCGCAUCGCUCCACGCCAUCGCGCAGGACGAGCUCCUCCUUCUCCACCAGCCGGCGGCGGCUCGCGAGAUCGGCGCCGCCGCGCUGCGGGGCGAGCUGGCGGCCUUCGUCCUGACGCUGGCGCUGGGCGCCCCGGCCGGGCCGUGCGACGCCCCCGCCGUGCUGCGCCUGCUCCGCUGCCGCGACGUCGACGUGCGCCGGCGGAGCCGCGAGUGGCUCGCCGAGCGCGGACGGGGAAGCCACGGCGCCGACGCCGCCGCGCGCAUCAUGCUGGAGGACCUGCACAGGGUCCUGUACGAGGAGAGCGACCGCCGGUGCCUGGGCCUGCACCUGGAGGCCUGCGUGGCGCUGCUCGACUCGAGCGGAGGGCUCGGCGUGGCGGAUUGCGAGCGGGAGGGCUGCGAGGAGAGUGUGCGCUCGCUCCUGGCCCUCGCCGCGCGCGGGGAGGAUUGUGCGGCGACCUUCGACCCGGUGCUGGCCGCCCGCGCCCUCCGCAUGGCCGCCUGCCUGCUGCCUCGCCUCGUCUCCGACAGGACUGCAGACGAGCGUACCCUCCCGCUGAUCGAGCGCUGGAGUCUGACGCUCGAGACCAACGCCUCCGACUCUUCUCCGGACGUGCUGCGCUUGGCAGCGGCGAGCAGCUUGCGUCUGGCGGGGCGGGUGGCCGUCACGUUCGGCCUGCGCGUGCGGGGGAGGGCACUCCCCAUAGCAGUCAGGCUUGCGCGGGCCGCCGUCCUUCUGCUGUGCGACGAGGAAGAGGCCGCUCGGCUGGACGCGGCCUGCUUUGCCUCCUGCUUCUCGGAGCUCGAGCUGGAGGGGGAAGAGGAGGAGGCGACGCCGUCGCCGCUUCCGCAGCAGGAGAGCCAGGAGGGGGAGCAGGAGGAGAAGGAGGCGACGCCGUCGCCGCUGCCGCAGCAGGAGCGGCGGGAGGGGGAGCAGGAGGAGCAGGAGGACGCCGCCGCGACGGGGCCCCUGGGCGCGCCGCCCUCCGAGCCGGUGCACGGCGGCGUGGCGACGCGCCUCGCCGCGGCUUUCCUCGGUCGCCUGGCCCGCCGCCGGUGCUGGGAGGCGCUGGUCGCCCUCCACGGCUUCCUGGCGCUGCCCGACGUUGGCGCCGCCUUGCACGUCCACGCGGCGGUUUCGUCGAAGCCCCUGAACCUGUUUGAGCAGGAGGAGGGGAGCGCAUACGGAGAGCCGCUGGCGCUCGCUCGCCUGGCCGCCCCCUUGCUGGAGCAGGCCGUGGUCUCCUGGGCUGCCCACCCCGAGGGCCGCAGCCUGCUCGGCGCCUGGCUGCUCAGUGGAAUCGCCUCCACCGGGAGUCUUCUACAGCACUGCCGCCAGUUCCACAGCCAGUGCGGUGGCCCGGCCGAGGUGUUCGCCGCGGUGCAACAGAACCGGCCCUACACGGCGCUCCACAUCCUGCGUCUCGACCUGCUGCUGCUGGCCCGCGCCGGGGAGGCCCUCGAGGAGACCGGGCCGUGCCCCACGCUUCUCCCCGCGGAGCCGGAGGACCGCGAGCCGCCCUGGGACAGCGCCGCACGUGGUCCAGGCGUUUUGUCCGUGCGCGAGCUACGCCGGCAAGCGGAGUGGCUGAACCAGGAGCUGCUGGCUCCAUUCUCGGCCCUCAGCAGCAGCAAGGCGACGUGACCGUGGCAGGUUUGCAGAUGAAUGAGCAGUUGCGAUCACAACUGUUGGCUGAUUACGUUCUGCUGCCCCUGUUGCCAAGGGGUGAUCUCUCGCUGUUUGACGUCCUUGUCGGCGCAGUUUUAAAUUCAUGCCGGUAUCCUGAACGAUGCACUACUCAGACUAACGUACCACUUCACCGGUAUGUCUGUGUGUCUAUGUUUUAUUAAAAUAUAUAUAUAUAACGUUGCCAUUUUCACCCAGUUUUAUUCCUGCAGUGUUGUCAUGGGGACUUAAGCCUCCACAUAAGUGGAUCUCACAGAGCAAGUGACCUGUGGUCCACACAGCAAAGGGAACUCGUUGACACACGCUCUGCUGCAUAUGACAGUAAUGUUGGUGACAUGGCAUUCAAAGCGAUAUUGUAAUUUAGCCACCACAGAACCAAAUUUUAAUGCAAAGGGUUUUUGUUUUGUGCAGUCGUUAGUGAGCGGUUGACCAUUAACUCUCGUAGCUUGAGAACCCAGUUGGAGCACAGGCCACUUGCUGGGUUUGAGCCCAGGAACUCAGUAGUGGCGGUGCAAUGCUCCGAACUCUGCGCUAUAUUAUAAAACAAACUAAUAAUUCGUCUUCCUCAAGGUUAAAGUCUUGUUUCAUAAACAUGUUCAUCUCUGUAACCCGUCGACUCAGCAGCAGAAAUUGUUUUAGUCGCAGAUUGGUUACGAGCUUCAGACACACCCUGUCGCAUUGGGUGCAUGUGCAUAGGGAAAUAUAUAGCAUGUUAUAUCAGUGAUUUUUUUACUCAUUGCUUAAUUAAAAUGUUGUCUGUGUUUAUCCAAUCCAGAUAAACUUGUUUUGAUGUAAAUGCUGAGGCGAAACAACAGUUUUUAAAGUAUUAUAUUAUGAACUUCAAAUUGACUUUCCUCAACCUUAAACGUAAAUAACCUAGUUUCUCUCCGUUAAAAUCAAUAAUCAAUAUCUGACUAAAUGUAAUUGAAAUACACAGUGUUUCCAUGCUCACCUUUGCUGUUCCCUGGGUCUGUAGCCUUGUCUUUGUAUAGCACAAGGCGGUAUGCAUUAUAACAACCCGGCGGAGUGAUGGGUGAAUGACGUUUGAGAUUUGAACCAUUGAGUGUGGCCACUGGCACACAAACACACUCUCAAUAAUUACCAAACGUCCCACUGUGAUAUGUAGAGAUUGUUUUAAAGUAACCCUCAUAAUGCUACCUCUGCAAUUAUUCAAAAGGUGUCCGGAUAUUUCUGUUCAAUCAUAUUACCGUCACCACUGGAGUGAGUUUCUAUUCUUAUAUGUGUUUAAGUUAGUUUUUAUAUAUGUAUAUACUACGAUUGAAGCAUGUAUGCAUAACCGAAGGGACUCUUUGUAAUAAGUGUUUUAAAUUUUGAACAUUGCAUUUUUAAAUGGUUUAAUGUGUAUUUUAAAGUUUAACAUUAAACAUUCAUCACCA